UCUCUUCAUCACUACACCUCAUUCCAUAAGUUCACCAGCUACUUCAUUGAAUUCCAACACUAUACUCCAUGGCUUCUUCAGUGGCUUCAUUAGUGUUGCUUAUUAUUCCUCUUCUUGCAAUUAGCUCUUUCAUGGCUGCCUCUGCGGGUAACUUCAACCAGGACUUCAAGAUUACAUGGGGCGACGGUCGAGCCAAGAUACUCAACGACGGCCAGCUUCUUACUCUCGCCCUCGACAAAGCCUCUGGCUCUGGUUUUGAAUCCACAAACGAAUAUCUAUUCGGCAAGAUUGACAUGCAGCUCAAACUUGUUGCCGGAAACUCUGCUGGCACCGUCACAGCCUACUAUUUAAAAUCAGAAGGGUCUACAUGGGAUGAGAUAGACUUUGAGUUCUUGGGAAACUUGAGUGGCGACCCCUACAUUCUUCACACUAAUAUCUUCAGCCAAGGCAAAGGAAACAGAGAGCAGCAAUUCUACCUCUGGUUUGACCCAACUGCUGAUUUCCACACCUAUUCCAUUCUCUGGAAUCCACAGCGCAUUGUUUUUUCAGUUGAUGGGACUCCCAUUAGAGAGUUCAAGAAUCAAGAAUCGAACGGUGUUCCCUUCCUGAAGAGCCAGGCCAUGAGAAUACACUCGAGCCUCUGGAACGCUGAUGAUUGGGCAACGAGAGGUGGACUUGUGAAGACAGAUUGGAGUGCUGCUCCAUUCACUGCCUCAUACAGGAAUUUUAACGCUGAAGCUUGCAUUUGGUCUUCCGGAUCAUCUUCUUGCAGCUCAACUAGUACUACCAAUGGCGAUUGGCUUUCACAAGAGUUGGACAAUACAAGUCAAGAAAGGAUGAAAUGGGUGCAGAAAAACUACAUGAUCUACAAUUACUGUGCAGAUGUCAAGCGUUUCCCUCAGGGCCUCCCUGUGGAAUGCAGCACCUCCUAGAGAAAUUGAACACUAGCCAAUUCAUAUAAUACAGUUAUACACCCAUUCAUUCAUUAAUUUGUUACUGUAAUCGAUCAUUUGAUUAUUAAAAAUAGUUUCUUUUCAUGCA